AUGCUGCCCCGACAUCAGCCAGCGUGUAUUGGGAAUGGCAUAGGCAUCAAUCGGUUUUCUACCGCCCAUUUGCUGGGAGUAAGGGCGCCCUCCGUGUGCGAGGUGUGCCUGCUGCUUGCGGAACAGGGAGGAGAGGCUCUAGCAGCAGUGAUCCAAACACAGCAGACUGUGCUGGCAGCAGUGGGAGAAGAUGCUGAAUUCAGCUGUCAGCUCUUGAAGACUAAAGACGUCCUUCAGGUCACAUGGCAGAAAAUCUCACAAGAUGUGGAGACAAAUGUUGCCACCUACAACAAGUACUUUGGUCAGAGAGUGAAUGAUGGCUUUACAGAUAAAUUUAAGUUUAAAUACACUGGACUACAGAACUGCUCCAUAGUCAUCAAGAAUGUGACGGAGCAGGAUCAAGGAUGCUAUCGUUGUCUGUUUAACACUUAUCCUGAAGGAGCCUUCACUGGUAGAACCUGCCUCCAACUCUAUGAGCUGCAUGAACCUGUCCUUGAUGUCAGACAGUCAAACUCUACUGAAGAGUGGGUUGUUUCCUGUUCAGCCACUGGUCGACCUGCUCCCACUGUAACACUCAGUGUCUCACAACAACACCUCAACUUCUCACAGUACAACACUGUCAGUGUGUCCAACACCAACGCUACAUUCACUGUCACCACUACAGCUGUGCUCUCAGGUUCACGUAAACACAGCACACAGGUGGGAUGUGCAGCACGAGUGCUCUCUGCUCCUCACAGAGAGGUGAUGGUGAUGAUCCUUUCUGAUGAUGGUAGUGGUGGUGGUGAUGAUGAUGAUGGUGAGAAACUCUUUUAA